AUGUCAACAAAUAGCUAAAUGACGUCCGAUUCCGAUCCGAUUUUUGCUGGCAUGGCAAUCGAAUGUUUACCAUUAAAUGUAAGAAAUAUUAACUCCCGGAACUCCAGCAUUUAUAAACAAAUGGACUCGCAUCUAUGUACCACUUCGUAUUAAGACAACGUUGCAGUUUUGGCGGAUUUCAUGUGAAUUUUGUGGAAUUUAGACUGCCGGCUUGUUUACAAUGAUUUCUCAGAUAGUUGUGAUUGUUACGACUGUUAAAUUGCUAUUUAUUCCACUCUAUCAUUCUACAGACUUUGAAGUGCACAGAAAUUGGCUGGCAAUAACACACAACCUAACUUUAGACAAGUGGUACUAUGAUGAGACUUCAGAAUGGACACUGGAUUACCCGCCAUUCUUUGCAUGGCUGGAAUUUGUUUUAUCAUUCAUAGCUAAAUAUUUUGAUCCGCAAAUGUUAUACUUAACUAAUUUAAAUUAUAAAUCUGAUAUGACUAUUCUGUUUCAAAGAUUAUCAGUUAUUGUACUGGAUUUUGUUUAUAUCUAUAGUGUAAAAAGGUUGUCAGGUUUUAUUGGUGAUGGCAAACUUCUAGUUUUCAUAUUACUGAUGACUUGUCCUGGUUUGCUGAUGGUAGACCACAUACACUUCCAAUAUAACGGGUUGCUGUUUGGGAUACUCCUUUAUUCCACUUCACAUAUCAUAGAAAAUAAUUAUCUAACAGCAGCAUUUUGGUUUGCAGUGCUAUUAAAUAUGAAGCACAUAUUUUUGUACAUAGCUCCUGUUUACAUUGUGUACUUAUUCAGGGCAUAUUGCUUUACAAUAUCUUCAGUGGACGGCGUCCAUACUCCAUGGUACUCAUUCUCCCUGAUGAACCUAUUCAAACUGGCAUUUACAGUUAUUUCUGUAUUUGGACUUUCUUUUGGACCUUUUCUAAAUCAUCUUCCUCAGAUCUUAUCAAGAUUGUUCCCAUUUAAAAGAGGAUUAUGUCACGCUUACUGGGCACCUAACUUUUGGGCAUUAUACAGUUUUACCGAUAAAGUUUUGGCGAAUAUAGUGACUAAAGCGGGACUAUACAGAAUACCAAAAACAGAGGCAUCAAUGACUGGAGGUCUUGUUCAGCAGUAUGAUCAUGCAGUAUUGCCAUCAAUCACUCCAACUAUGACAAUUGUGCUGACUGUGGUCGCAAUGUUGCCAGCACUUGUCAAACUGUGGCAUUUGUGUGCUGACAGGAGAUAUAGGGUGUUAAGUUUUGUAAGGUGCAUGGUGAUUUGCGCGGCGUGUUCGUUUUUGUUUGGCUGGCACGUUCAUGAAAAGGCCAUUCUGAUGAUAUUGAUACCAUUGAGCUUCCUGUCAGUGUUGGGCGACGUGGAUGGAAGGCAAUUCUUAAUUCUAACAACAGUCGGGAACUACUCACUGUUCCCACUGCUCUACCCAAAGAAUUUAUUUUCUAUUAAGUUUUUUAUAUUAUUAACUCAUGUAGCUUUAGCUUUUGUUAACAUUCGUACUUUAUACGAACCCGCGAAGGUCAAGGGCGGCAGAAGAAUCAGGGUACUCCGCUUGCCCAUGUUGAAGCAAUUAGAGUCUUUAUAUCUUUAUGGUCUUAUAGUUCUAUGUGUCUAUGACAAUGCAAUCCACAGUCUGUGGGGCCUUGACAAAACAUUACCAUUUCUACCGUUGAUGAUAACUUCUGUCUAUUGCGCAUUCGGAGUCAUAUAUGUGUGGCUUCGGUACUAUUAUUAUUUCUUAACAUUCAAUGUCAGUCAAGUUCCUACAUUGUGCACAGUUAACUUAGCAGAGAAGUAUAAGAAGACAACAUAGAUUAUGAGG